AUGGAAGCCUGGGCUGUCGUCGAGCAUGGCAAGCCGCUUGAGAAGAUCACAAGAGCGAUCCCAGAGCCGUCGGGGCAGGAGAUUGUGGUGGAAGUCACGCACUGCGGAGUGUGCCAUUCUGAUUUGCACUUCUGGGAGGGCUUCUACGAUCUCGGCGGUGGGAAGAUUUUCCGCAUCGGCGACCGUGGCGUCAAACUACCGCGCGCAAUUGGGCACGAGAUAGCAGGCAAAGUGCUGAAAGUCGGGCCAGACCUCCAGGACCAGGACAUCCGAGUCGGCGACACAAAGCUGGUGUAUCCUUGGCUUGGCUGUGGUCAUUGUCGACGAUGUGCACAGGGUCAGGAUAAUCUCUGCGGCAAGCAGAAGUCUCUCGGUGUUCUGCAAGACGGCGGCUUUGCCAGCCACGUGGUUGUCCCAGAGUCCAAGUACCUGCUGGAUCCAGGACAGCUUGAUCUCGCUGUCGCGUGCACCUACAGCUGCUCGGGGAUCACGGCUUUCAGCGCCAUCUCCAAGGUCAUGCCUUUGGAGGCGGAAGAUUGGAUCGUGCUCAUUGGUGCGGGUGGUGUUGGACUGUCCGCUGUGGCAAUGCUCAAAGGCCUUGGCCACAAGGCGAUUCUCAGUGUGGACAUCUUUCCUGAAAGAGAAGCUGCCGUUCUUGAGGCUGGUGCCAAGAAGUACGUUUGCGGCUCAGGACCAGAGCUCUCGCAACAAAUUCUCGAGGCUACUGGCGGGCCUGUUCUGGGUGUCAUUGACUUUGUGAACAAUUCGCAAACUGCACAGACAGGAUACAGCCUCCUUGACAAAGGCGGCCGUAUGGUCCAGGUGGGUGUCAUGGGCGGAGAACUAAACCUCUCCCUCGUUGGAAACAUUUUUAAGGCUGCCACCGUGAUGGGUAACAAUACAGGGAAUCUCGAACACUUUCACAGAGUGCUGGAACUGGCCAAGCAAGGGAAGUUGUUGCCAGUGCCUGUUGAGCCAGUACCUUGGGACAAAGCAGAUGAAGCAAUACAACGGCUGAGAGCAGGCAAGCUGCAUGGGAGACUGGUGUUGGUGAAGUAG